UCCGGGAGUGCGCGCGGUGCCCUGGGAGACUUCGGAUGCUUUGCUGCCGCCUCGUGGCCCGUUUUCCCGGUGUGCCGUCCCCUCUGGUGCCCCUCCCUUAGCGCCCUGGUACCCCGACGCCUGUAAACCCAGGCUGGAACCCGGAGGCCCAGUAACCAAAGGGGUGCGGUGUCGAGCGUGACCCUGCAAAGAUACUGCUUAUGAUGAAUGUGAUUUGGAGAAAUUGUAUUUGUUGUCUAAGGCAAAGGAAGGUGCCAUCCAGAUGCCAAAGUGGUUACCAUCCAGUGGCCCCUCUGGGAUCAAGGAUUUUAACUGACCCAGCCAGGGUGUUUGAACACAACAUGUGGGAUCACAUGCAAUGGUCUAAAGAAGAAGAAGAAGAAGCUAGAAAAAAAGUCGAAGAAAAUUCAGCUGUGCAAGUCAUUCUAGAAAAGCAAGUUAAGUAUGAAAGUGAAGCUAGCAAAUAUUGGGACACAUUUUACAAGAUUCACAAGAAUAAGUUUUUCAAGAAUCGUAAUUGGCUGUUGAGGGAAUUUCCUGAAAUUCUUCCAAUUGAUCAAAAAAUUGAAGAGAAUGUAGAAGAGUUAUCAUGGGAUCAUGUCAAGACUAAUGCUGCAGAUUGUUUCUCAGGAAAACAAGAACAAAAAAAACAUCUCAAGAAAAAUGGUUUAUCAGAUGGUCAAAGCCAACUGAGGUCUGAUUUUUCCAACUUGGAGGCUGAAGAAGCCAGAAAAGAGCUUCAGAAGACUGAAGUGUUUCCUGGUAGCAAUGCCACUUUCAGAAUACUAGAGGUUGGCUGUGGUGCUGGAAGCAGUGUUUUUCCAAUUCUGAACACCUUGCAGAAUCUUCCAGAAUCCUUUCUCUAUUGUUGUGAUUUUGCCUCUAGAGCUGUUGAGCUUGUAAAGGCACACUCAUCCUACAGGGCCUCCCAGUGUUCCGCCUUUGUGCACGACAUAUGUGAGGAUGGCUUGCCCUACCCUUUCCCAGACGGGAUCCUGGAUGUCGUCCUCCUUGUCUUUGUGCUCUCUUCUAUUCAUCCUGACAGGAUGCAAGGAGUUGUCAGCCGACUCUCUAAGUUACUGAAGCCUGGGGGAAUGCUGUUAUUUCGGGACUAUGGAAGAUAUGAUAAGACUCAACUUCGCUUUAAAAAAGGGCAUUGUUUAUCUGAAAAUUUUUAUGUUCGAGGAGAUGGUACCAGAGCGUAUUUCUUCACAAAAGGAGAAGUCCACCAUAUGUUCCACAAGGCUGGGUUAUAUGAAAAGCAAAACCUGGUUGAUCAUCGCUUACAAGUCAAUAGAAAAAAACAAGUGAAAAUGCACCGAGUAUGGGUCCAAGGAAAAUUCCAGAAACCAUUGAAGUGGACUCAAAAUUUUUCCAACCUGUAAUUUUCAUACCUCUCUUAUGAUUGAACUAUGAGAGGACAAUACUACUCAAAGACUUGUACAAAUCUUUCAUUUCUUUUUUUUCUUAAUAUAUAUUUUU